UGUGAUUUACAGCCCCAGGUUUGAUCCGGACACCCCAGAGAUGGAGUGAUGAUGAUGAUGAUGAUGUGCUGAUGGGAUGAAUGCGCUACCGCUCGUGGGCGUUAUUAAAAAUUCCCGAAGCAGAGAGGCGGUGGGAUUGUUUCUGCAGUACUUUUCCCUCCUAUUGGUCCGUUAAUGAACGCCGCUCUGAUGACACAACCAAGGCUCCGCUGAUAAAAAAAAAGAAGAAGAAAGACGUCAAACCGGGCAGCAGAAGCAAGUGUUGGACGGAGGACAGCUAGUUGGUAAAUGCGCUACUGCAAGUCUUUACACGGCUGGAAGUAUCUGUCCAACUCCUAAGAGAUCUGGUGAAGAAUGGAGUGGUAUGUCCUGGUGCUGAUGCUGAGCUUGCCGUCCUCCAUCCACGCAGAUUGUUCGUUGCAGUGUCAGAAAUGCGCGCAACAAAUGCUUCGCCCCGACGCCGCCUUCAGCAGCUUGCCGUGCAGUGCGGAGUGUGAGGGCGAGCUGGAGAGCUGCGGCCAGCCUCCGCGCCUGGCGGACUUCACCGAGGACGAGGCGGCGGAGGCGGAGGAGAGCCACCAGGCGGACCUGGUCAAACGCUACGGCGGCUUCAUUAAGAGGAUUGACAAGAACAAGAACAAAAUCUUCACUUCCUCUCCGUGGCGCGACAACUACAUCAUGAAAGCCGAAGCGCUGCCCAAGAAAUACGAGGACUUCUUGAAGCGGCUGGAGGCGAGAGACGCGGACGCUGUUCGGGACGCGAACGACGCCACAGAGGAUCAGAUCCUUCACAAUUAUGUUAAACGUUACGGAGGCUUUUUACGCAAAUUCGGCCCGAAAACAAAGAGGAGUAGCUCCCCGGAGCAGGAGAGCCAGGAGCCUGAGGAGCUGCAGAAGCGCUACGGGGGCUUCAUGCGGAGGGUCCGGCCAAAGUUGAACAACCUAAAGUGGGACAAGCGAUAUGGAGGCUUUCUGCGCCGCCACUUCAAAAUCUCUGUUCGCUCAGUGGAGGAGCCCUUUUACUCCUACGAUGACUUGAGCCUAUAGACGAACCCUGCUGAGGAAGAAAAAACUACAAGGAACUUGCGCAGGUUGACUUGAAAUGUCCAAAUUUAUUGAAAAAGUAUCAUAUGCCUGCCUAUCCUACGAUACUCGGUUGCCUUCAGUGUAAAAGUCAUCUCUGUGAUAUUUGCCUCAUCGUCUGUCAUUCAAUAAAUAAUGCUUGUUUAAUAAAACCAUAAAUAAAA